UGAGAGGGGCAUCAAACUGAUGUCGGAGGGGCCAAUCCAAGAUGGCGGCGGCGGCGGCAGCGCUCACCGAAGAUCAGCGUUACGGUCUGUCGUGUGGGAAAGCGAACCCCGGCAAAAUCACCGUCUUUCACGUUAAGUUGACAGAGACAGCCUUCCGAGCGCUGGAAGCCUUUCAGUUUUCAAAGAGUUCAUCUAAUCCUCAACCAACAAUCCAGUUCCAAGGACUUCAGGGGUUAAUAAAGAUUCCAAGAACAGAUGCCCACAACGACACACGAAAUUUUGACUUUUAUGUAUCCAAUGUUGGAAAAGAUAACCCUCAGGGAAGUUUUGAUUGUGUCCAGCAAUAUAUCUCCAGUGAUGGAGUUUCAGAAUUGGACUGCUUUGGAAGCAUACAAGAUAAAAUUACAAUAUGUGCAACAAAUGAUUCCUAUCAGACAACACGAGAACGCAUGACUCAGGCUGAAGAGGAAACCCGUAGUCGAAGUACCAAAGUUAUUAAACCUGGUGGACGAUAUGUAGGUAAGCGAGUGCAGAUUCGUAAACCAGCACCAGGCAUCCCAGAUGCUGUACCUGAACGGAAACGGUCAACUCCCAUUAAUCCUGCAAGUACAAUAAGGAAGUGCAAUAUAAACAACAGUGUUUCUCAACGAUCUUACAGGGAUAGGGUAAUCCACUUAUUGGUCUUAAAACCCUUCAAGAAACCAGAGCUUCUGGCCCGAUUACAAAAAGAUGGGGUCAGUCAGAAAGAUAAGAACUCUCUCGGACCAAUUCUGCAACAGGUGGCUAAUAUAAACCCAAAAGACAACUCUUAUACUGUGAAGGAUUUUGUGUACAAGGAUGUUCAGCGAGACUGGCCUGGUUACUCAGAAGAGGAUCGACAACUGUUUGACAGAGUAGUUUCCAGAAAAUUAUCUCAACUGCAGAAUUCUAGCAGCCAACAAGCAGAACAAGUUCCAUCAAGCUCCCCCAAAGACACAGGAUCUGCAUCUCCACCUGAGAAGAGACCUCUGCCAUCAGAUUUCAUUGAUCCUCUAGCGAGCAAGAAGCCCAGGAUAUCACACCUCACUAAUCGUGUGCAACCAACACUUAAUGGCCAUUUAAACCCCUCCAAUGAAAAAACUGUUGCUAUUUCUGCUCCGGUUGCUCCUCCUCAAGCUCCUUCUCCUGUGCCACUUCCGGUUUCUAUUGCUCACACUGUGAAUUCUAACUCCAAUUCCCCAUGCACACCAGAAAGAAGGGGAACUCAAGAUCUGCCAGUUGAUGCUCUUGGUCAAACUGGUGAAGAUUAUGAGGACCAGCAAGUAAAGCUUACUUCUCGGACUACAUUGGAAAGCCCAUCGCAUCAACUGGAGUGCUCUGAACUUAUCAGCAAAGACUGUUCUUCUCAUGGAAAGUCAAAAAAAAAAGCUAAAAAGCAUAAAGACAAGGAAAGAGAUAAAGAGAAAAAGAAUAAGGAGAAGACUGAAGAUGAUAGUGAAGAAUGUAGAAAUGAAAUUGAGGAACAAAAACUCCUUAAAGGUGCCAAUCCAGAAACGAAUAGGAAGUGCACUGGUUCCAGCAGUCCUACAUUACCAACCAAAAAACCUGAUUACUUGAUCAAAUAUGCAGCCAUUAUGUCACAUGAGCAGAGGCAAAACUACAAAGAUGACUUUAAUGCAGAAUAUGGUGAAUAUCGAAGUUUGCAUGCCAGGUUAGAGAGAGUGACCAAACGAUUUUUGCAACUGGAUGCAGAGCGGAAGCGCCUUUCUCCUAAUACUGAAGAGUACAAGAUUAUCGAUGAGGAAGUUUUACAAGAGUAUUGGAAAAUUACAAAGAAUAGUCCCAAUUACCAUGAAGAGAAACAAAGAUGUGAAUACCUGCAUAACAAACUGGCUCACAUUAAGAGACUAAUAGCAGAUUAUGAUAAGCAACAGCUACAAUCAUGGCAUUAGAACUCACUGGACGAUUUGCUAUAUUGUUCUAUGAUCAGAAGGAGAUGUGUAAUAACAUUAAAAGCUAAUAUAUUUUGAAUUUUUCAAAACAUUUGCUCUAGGAAUGGUGGCAAGAGAUUUCUGAAAGAUUUCAGAAGUUUAAUGAUUUGAGUUCUGUUACUUCCCUGAAGCAUCUAAGCUGCGCUGCCCUCACCCCACACUAAUUUAUUCUAAAUUGAUGUUCUUUUUGCUUUUGAACUUGCAUCUUCCUUUUUAACUGUUAUACCAAGAUGUUUUUGUUUAUCCAAAUACAUCAUAUUAGUCUUGGGCUCUUCUACAAUCUCCUGAUUUGAUUUACACAUUUACAAUUGAUAGCACUAUCAGCAAACAAUGUAACCAUUAAAUAAACAAAGGUAUGUGGUACUUGCUACAUUCUGCUAAUUUAAACACUUUGCCUUAAGUGGUUGAAUGUUCCCAAGGCAAUUUGCACAAAUAGUUUUCAAAAAAAUUCAUAGAAAUCCUUAAUGUUGGAAAGUAUGACAAGCACUACAAACUGCCUAUAAUUCUUUACACUGUGCUGCAAUUUCAAACCAUAUGUUAAAAAUGCAAACAGUCAGCUCCUGUACCCCUUGCCUUAAGGUGUUCCUUAUGUACAUACGUAUAGUGACUAUUAGCUACAAAUGGCUUCCUUCUAUCUUGUACAAGUGGGAAGGUAACUUUGACCUCCCGGUAUGUGCAUGUGUGAAUGAGUGUCUCUGUAAAUGUGUGUAAAUGUAAUAUACAUCUUGAGGGGGAAGAGAAGCUGCUGUCUGUAGCUAGAUGCUCAGGACAAAAAAAAACUGAGUCAUUGCAGGUGUUUUCCUAUAAAUGUACUACUUCCUCCAUGGAAAUGAAAGCCUUUCCAUUUUAAACGAUUUAUCAGCUUUAUUAACAUGAAUGCGUUGCUACUGUGCAAAAUUUGAAAGAGAUCUUAUAGUUUUGGGGAAAUUAAGAUGCUAACCUUCAUGUAGGAGACUUAUUUGUAUACUACUUUAAAGUAUUUUUGAAAACAAAUUAUAUACAAAGAAGCAGUCACCUGCAUGUACUAGUUUAUUUAAAAUUUGUUCUCCUAUGUGCCAGGAAUAUUACUGAAAACAGAUGUAUUUAAUUAUACUGUGACCAUCAAACAGCACAAAGAAAUCAUUGAAUUUAUAAAGUGUCUCUGUACUUACCAGUGCAUUACAUUUCAGUUGGUAUAAUGCCUAUCAAUAAGAUAGUUAAUUUAUCAUGUGGGAACAUUAAGUUAUUUGGUUGGAUGAUGCGGGGUUUUGGAUAGAUAUUGAGACUAAUAAUCUGUGUAAUGUUUUUGUCUUUACGAAAUGCUGCCAAGUGAAAAGGGAAGCAUAAUGUUUACAAAUGAACGUUGGAAAGUUUGCCAAACUGUUUGGUUGAAUCUUCAAUAAAUUCCAUGUCUCCAGCUUCGCUCCAAAUGCUGGUAUCAUCAAACAAUGCUGUAAACCAUGAAACUUGCUCUUCCUAACUUGGACUAAUUCUAAACAUUGAAGUUUAGGUGUUAGUUAGGAUGAGUCCCAAUGUGAUAUUUUCAUAGUAUAUUUAUGGUACUAAUCACUGGGAUUACCAAGGACUAUAAACUUGAUUCACACUUCACAAUCAUUUAUAUUGGUUCUUUGAGUUAUUCCCACUUUUCUUUUCUCAUUACGCUAAGAGUGUCUUCAUAUAAUUCCAGAAUUAUUACAUUAGCAUUGAUAAUGUUUGGAUAUUUUAAGUUAGCAUUAGGUUUAUUUAACAAAAUCCUCUCCUGACAGGGAUAUGUUCCUCUGGUAAACUGUGCGUCAAUAAUAUUGGAUAGCAUUUGACAUAAGUGUAAUUUUAAAUAAAUUGGAUUCCAUUUUUAGCA